CACUUCCUUGAUGUUCUCGUCGUCAGCGCUGACAACUUCCUUUAAUAAUGUCAUGACUUCUUUCUCGGCUAAUUUGAAAUUCCUUUCCCCACCUCGAUAUUCCAGAAUUGUUCUUUAUGUCAAUUUGAACAAUGUCAACUGGUUAAUUAAUAACUAUCCAUUAUCCAUUGGUGAUUCACGGCUUCACUGUGUCAGUCCAAUCAUAAUGCCUUUCAAAGAUUUUGUUCGCCACCUAAGGGAUGUUCGAGAUGGCAUGGGCAAUAUAUCUAUAAGAGGGGUAGAAGCAAAUCGUAUCCCUUGCCGUGGAAGAUCUCUUAUUGCCCCUGAAUUGUCCUCACUAGCUUCGUUAGUGGCUCGGGAGAGCCCCUGGGCUAACUUACCAUCUGAGUUGUUAUUAGACAUAAUUCAGAGGGUGGAAGCAAGCGAAUCUUCCUGGCCUGCCCGGCGGGUGGUUGUUGUUUGUGCCUCAGUUUGCAGGUCAUGGAGAAAGAUAACAGAGGAGGUGGUAAAGACACCAGAACAGUGUGGUUGGCUUACCUUCCCCAUAUCGCUGAAGCAGCCUGGUCCAAGAGAGACUCCCAUCCAGUGUUUUAUAAAGAGAGAAAGUGUGACUUCGAACUAUCUUUUAUAUCUUGGUCCAAGUCCAGCUCUCUCUGGGGAUAUGAGUAAACUGCUAUUGGCAGCAAAGAAGAUUAGACGGACAACAUGUACAGAGUUUAUAAUAUCCUUGGUUGCGGACGAUUUUUCUAAAGCAAGCAGUGCAUACGUUGGAAAGUUGAGGUCUAAUUUUCUUGGUACCAAGUUCAUGAUCUUGGAUAGUCAACUCCCGCUUGAUUCUUCCCUACCGUUGAAUGGUAAAUUGCAGCAAAGAAUCUAUUCAGAGCAGGUUCUUCCAAGGGCUGCUGUUGCAAAGUAUAAUGUGGCCACCGUAUGUUACGAACUCAAUGUUCUCCGCACAAGAGGUCCCAGGAGAAUGCGGUGUACCAUGCAUUCUAUUCCAGUUUCUGCCAUUCAAGAAGGGGGCACUGCUCCUACUCCUCUGAGGUUUACUAGAUGCCUUGAUGAUCAUUCAUCUACCACGGCUGUUUCGAAAGAAAGAAAGCCAGGAGUUGAGUAUGGCUCCAACAGCGAAGACAAGCCUCCAGAAUCAAACCACAUCACAAGGGUGCCACUGAUUUUGAAAAAUAAAGCUCCUAGGUGGCAUGAACAACUGCAGUGUUGGUGCUUGAAUUUUAAGGGACGUGUUACAGUGGCCUCAGUAAAGAAUUUCCAGCUCGUAGCAGCUGCAGAACCUCGACAAAAUGCUUCAGCAGCAGAACACGAUAGAGUAAUAUUACAAUUUGGGAAAAUUGGAAAGGACAUAUUCACCAUGGAUUGUUAUCCCCUCUCUGCAUUUCAAGCCUUCGCAAUCUGCUUGAGCAGCUUUGACACCAAACCCGCUUGCGAGUGAUCAUAUCCCUUGUUUCACUGUGGAAUAACGCUGUGCUACUCUUCCAUUUCUGCACAUGCAAAUAUAUUCUUGAAAAAGACAAGGGCCCCGGGGGCAUCUGGGAUACUACUCUUACGCCAAUGAAUGCCUUUACCUGUAGUUACAAGUUUUUUUGGCCUGGCUGUCAGGCUUGGUGUUUAAUUGGCAAGUUUACCAAGUUAUUAAUUUCUCCAUGCAUAUCGUAGCUAACCUUGUAUGACAAAAAUAAUCUUCCCAGUUACGUAUUUUUGCAAAGUGCAGAAUUGUUUUUGCUUUGGCCGGAGCCUUGGCAUUUAUUCCUUUGAAAGGUUGUCCUUGUGCU